AAUAACUAGGCCGGCAAAAUCGGGGUUGUGCGGUUGUGCCAUCGGAGGACAUAAAUCAAACAAGAAUCACAAAUCAGUACCAAUUCCUUGCUUCUCUCUCAAAAUCUCUGAGAAGGAAAAAUGCCCAGACCAGCUUCGGUCGUCGAAAUUCCCGAUAGAAGUUACCGGCCGGAUCGCCACAACGGCCGCCACGCGCCUGCAUCCGAUUCUUCCCCCGUCUAUCGCCGUCGCAGCCCUUGCUACAGCAGGUACGACGAGCGCUAUCGGGAGACGGAUCGAGGACGCAGCCGCCGCUCGAUCUCUCCGGCUCACCGAAGCCCUAGGUCAAACCCUAGCCCUAGAAGAAGGAGAAGCCCCAGUCCUUGGGCUAAAGAAAACCUAGAUUCUCUCCCGACUAAGUUCGGCCGCUGCGAUGGUGGUGGCUACCGAAACGGAAGGGAUACGGAACCGGAUUCCGACGAGGAAUUGAAGGAUUUGAGCUUUGAAGAGAAGAGGAGGCUGAAGAGGCAGAAGCUUAGGAAGUCGCUGAGUUACUGUAUUUGGGAGGUUACCCCUAGUCCACCGAGGCUCGAUAACGGGACCGAUGAGGAAGAGACGGAACGGAGGGGAGAUGGUAGCUCGGACAAAAACCAUUGCAGUGGGAAAGACAAAUUAGGAGAUGGGAAUGGCCUACCGGAUAUUGAGUCAGGGGAUUCUGGAAGUAGCGAGUCGGAGAGCCCGUCUGAAUCUGAGUCUGACGAUUCACGGUCGAGAAGGAAGAAGAGAAGCUCGAGAUCCAAGCGUAGAAGAGGUAAGGAAUCAGAUAUCUCGCCCGGGAGCGAAUCGGAAGAUUUGAAGUCGAGGAAGAAGAGAAGCAGUUUGAGUUCUAUGCCUAGGAGUACUAAGUCAGCUGUGGAUAGCGGCAGUAAACCGGUCGAGGAUGUGGGUGAGAGUGCAAGCGAUUCUGAAAAGGAGAAUGGUGGUCGCCGGAAGAAGAAGUCAGCCAAGAGGAGCAAGAGCAGCAGAAAGAGUCGCAGAAGCAGAAAAAGUGGGAGAAAGAGUGGGCAUUCUGAUUCUGAUGAUAGCGGCAGUGAGGAUUCUGAUGAUAGCAAUGAGAAGUCCAAGUCGAAGAAGUGGAAACACAGAUCAGGCUCUCGUGCAAAACUCUCCAAGAAGAAGAGAAAAUCACAAUCCGACGGUGAAAGUGUGGAUUCUGAAAUUGAUACAAAGAGCAAACCAGCAAUAGCAGCAGAUGAAGAUGCUAUAACAGCUGAAAUGAAUACUGAAGCUUUGAUGUUCAAAGAACUGAUGGAGGCACCAAAGAAACCUUCUUUUGACAGUGAACCUGCCGUUGGUCCAAUGCCUUUGCCUAGAGCUGAGGGGCACAUUAGCUAUGGUGGUGCUUUGAGACCUGGUGAAGGUGAUGCCAUUGCUCAGUAUGUGCAACAAGGGAAGCGUAUCCCAAGAAGAGGUGAAGUGGGUCUCUCUGCUGAUGAGAUACAGAGGUUUGAGGGUCUAGGGUAUGUGAUGAGUGGUAGCAGGCAUCAGAGGAUGAAUGCAAUUCGUAUAAGGAAAGAAAACCAGGUAUACAGUGCUGAGGACAAGCGUGCUUUGGCCAUGUUUAACUAUGAAGAGAAAGCGAAACGUGAGCACAAGGUUAUGGCUGAUCUACAGCGUUUGGUCCAGCGCCAUAUUGGAGAGGAUGUAGGUCCGAACCACGAUCCGUUUGGUGCAAAAGGAUCCGAUGAAGCUGAUGAUUGAGCAUACGAGAGCCGAGGUGUGUAGUACUUGUUCCAUGUUGUUUUGAAAUUUGCACGAGUAUGAUUGUGAAAGUGCAGAAGCUUUUCCAAGAAUGAUUCAGUUGUGCACCGGAUGCUUCAUUGGUGUAACUUUUUCUAAAUUUGAAAUAUGUUUGAUAUUUUAAUUUGCCUUAGUUGUUUGCUUGGUAAUGACUUCAUCGUUGAACUUGAUCUUGGUAGUUACCAGUAUGUGAAGGACUAAGCAUGUUGAUGUAGUCCCUUUGAAUGGAAGCGGUUCUGAAGUGGAAACUUAUGUUGCUGCAGCAGAGCAGUUGAAUUAGCUUAGAGGUUGAAGUAUUGAAUGAAUCUUUAUGACAUAUGGUUGCUUGAAUUCCUAGCCUCUUUGAAGCAUGUUGUCUGUCUUGUGAGCUACUGUUACAAUACAACCAACGUUGCUUGUUCUUAUUCAAAUUCCCACUUGCAAUAGUAGUCAUUUAGCAGAGAUGGGGACUCAUUUGAGGCAUUUAGUGGGAGCAAGUUGCAUGCCAGGUGUUGUAACUGCAAUUGGGCUUGUGUAUGCUAUUCUGACCAUCGCCCCCCUAAACCAACGGCUGGGAGGGACAUGGGGAAGUUGGGAAGUCUUAGCCUUCUACUUUGCAUUUGAGCUCCGCCUGAUUCGUCACUGCCACAAGUGAGGUUGCAGGUUUGCUAUCUUGUGUUGCCUUGCCUGCUGCGGUCUGCCGGCCUAGCAACUGUCAGCAAUAUCUUUUCUUUUCUAUUCUAUGUCAAAGGUUGAAUAGUUAUGUUUUUCGUUCAAGUGUCAUGAUUUCCCCCUAAAAUAUGUGCUUCAUGAACAAGCAAUUUGAUGAUUAGUACAAUUAGUGUCAUCAGUUUUAUAUGCAUUGCUUCAGUUUUGGUUGGCUAGUUUUAUGUUUCUCAAAAAGAUUAUUUUCAGUAUAUAAGGGAUCUGUUAAGGCGAAAGUUGCUUGGAAAUUGCUUGUUCAAGCCGAAAAGGAGGGGAGGGGGCUGGAAUGUGGCCCGUCUCCUGAGGCUACUUCUCAUGCAGGGGGUACCUUCUGGCCUCUGGGUUGCCUGGGUCUCAAAAUAUCAAUUAAAGGGAAGAACUAUUUGGGGAUUGAAAGAGAAUUCUGUUGGAUCCUGGGUUUGUAGAAGAUUACUUAAAGUACGAUCAUGGUUUCAAUAUUGAUUUCUGGUGCAGGGGACAUCUUUUCUUUUGUUGCUUCUUGGGGAUUUGAAGAAGGAAGCCUGUAAUAAAUUCGACGGUGAUGGAGCUCUUCUUCACUCCAAUGCCCGUCUUCAUUGCCAAGAAGGAACACAUUUUCGGGAGGAACUUUUAUGGUGCGAAACCUCAGUUCUGUGGGGGUGGGCGAUUGCAUGAUGUUGCUAUUGAGUGUGACACUGUCGAUAUGCUCAAGGACCCUUGUCUUGUUCUUAGGGUUUACAGUGAAGUGGUGAUGCAGAUCAGGAGAUUGAAGUGGAAGCUUUGCGACAAUGGGACAAUACUAUUUGAUGAUUCUCCCAGGCCAGUUGAGGUUGUUUGGGAUGUUCAUGACUGGUUGUUGGGUAGUGCAGAUGUUCAAGUUCCAAACUUGCGUAUCUGCUGAGAAACUGUGGAACGGACUGCCGAUGUUUGAUCCUUCUGCUUUGACUAUGUCUGAAAUCACAGAGGUUCAGAGAUUACCAAAUACAAGGUCUUGUUUUCUCGUUUAUUUUGUAUGCUUGGAGGAAUGAUUGGUUGAAGAAUGCCACUGUAAUUUGCAUCGAGUUGUAUAAGAGAUUACUUUCGAUCUAUGAAAAUUUAUUCCAAAAGUUUAUUUGGUUUCACCGUUUCAGGAGAAUGACACUUGUAUGGUUCCCUUUUUGUUCGUGCGGUCGAUUCUCGACUGUGAUUUUCUCUCUUGGAAAGCCAGGAAGUUCUUGAUACGCUGCCGUAUUACCACUUGUGGAAAAAGAAAAAAAAAUGAGGCAAAGAGAGGUCGAAAAUGAAGUAACAUAAACGUG